AUGGCAGAGGAAUGCUUAGCAUUAAGAAGAAAGUUUUUUGAAAAAACUACAGAGGCCCAAGAGGAUCCUUGGACUGCCUUGGACCUCUGCUCCCAAGGAAUAAGAAAUAUAUCCAGGUCUCUAUUUGACAUGAGGUUCAUCAGAGUCCUGAACUUUACAAAUAACGAGAUAGAGGUGAUUCCAAAGGAGAUAUGCAAGCUGAGACAUCUUGAAGUCUUGAAUCUUAGUAAAAAUAAGAUUAGAAGCAUUCCACCAGAUAUCGGGAAAAUUGUUAGCUUGAAGGAGCUUAACCUAAAUGAUAACUUGAUUUCAAAUAUUCCCAUGGAAAUAGGGACCUUGUAUAACCUGGAAGUCCUUGAAAUAUCCAACAACCCGUUGAUAGUGCCAUUCAACACUCUUCUGAGAGAAAAGAAGCUUCUUCAGUUCUGCAGAGAGCACAACACAGGAUAUCCUCCACCAAACGAUAGGCCAUGGAUCGAGUGUUUAAAUAAGGACGUUUUGUAUGGCGACACAAUAAGCGUCGGAACCUUCAAUAUUCUGUCGAAUGUCUGGGCUGCAAGGUCGACCUAUGCGCCAUCGUGGGUGAUCAAUCCAGAGUUCCGAAGAGAAGGGAUUCUCCAGGAAAUAGUUCUGUACAACGUGGACAUAUUGUGUCUCCAAGAGAUAGAACUGUAUAGUUUCUUCGACUUCUACAAGGAGCAACUUGAGAUGAGAUGCAACUACGACUCAAUCAUCUAUCCUCGAGGAAGGAUUAAAAACGUUGCAGACAAGAAGAAUGUGGAUGGAUGUGCAAUCUUUUGGAGGAGGAGCAAGUUCAGAUUGAUUGCGCAAUUUCCAAUUGAUUUCUGCCAGAAGAUAACUCAGGACACAAGGUUCAACAUCAAUCAGGAGCUCCUCGAUAGGUAUGGAAAGAAAGACAAUAUAGCCAUUGGAGCUCUUCUUGAGAGACCCAAUGGACAGCAGGUUCUGGUGGUGAACACUCAUAUAUUUUGGGAUCCCGAUUAUUCCGAUGUAAAGCUGCUUCAAGUGAUCCUCCUGAUUGAAGAAGUAAGAAAGAUCAGUUCUCGGCAUCCAAAUGCAUGUCUGCUACUGCAGGGAGACUUCAACUCCCUCAAAUCCUCAUCUGUCUACAAGUCAAUAACAACCCAAACAAUAGAUUUAGCAGACUUUCGAGGAACUAUGCACCAUCUUUCCAGCCAGGAGUUUGGCGAGGGUCUAAAGCUCAACGACUCGUAUCGGAACCAAGACCUUGGAUUCACAAACUUUACACCUCUCUUCAAGGAUGUUAUUGACUACAUAUUUUAUGACAGUAAAGUAACGUUAACGUCUGUACUGGCUCCGGUCGAGGAUGAAUAUGCAGAAAACAUAGCAGGCCUUCCCAACAUGCAUUUUCCUUCGGACCACAUCUUCUUGGGCGCGAAGUUCACCCUUCCUUACAGAAGUCCAAACCAAAAUUCGUUUGGCAGAAACACAAGGUAA